AUGGAAUAUAUCAAGACAUCCGCAUCAUCGGUACCAAAGAUAUACGCGAAAGAUUACUCAAGGAGUGUCAAAAAACGCACCGGAAACUUCACAAGUCGUUCUGCCUCCAAUGGAUCGAAAGGAACCGUAUCAGCCAACAAAACGCCGCUGCGAUGGGCAGCAAGCCAGAUAGCACCGACGACUCCAAACACCUCUGUCAGCGGCCUCCACAGACACUCCUUCGUCCAAGCCGCCUACGGCGCUAUCUGUAACUCCCAACCCUCCGACAAAGUCGACAACUUCGACUUCGACGCCCACUACAUCCAUUUUCAUCUCCGCCGUCGAUAUCGACGCGGUUCCGACUCUGGCGGCGACCCGAGCAAAUUCUUCCGUGUCGUCCAUGCCGCACUUGGGCCGCGCGAGGAACUGUAUAUGCCGUUCAAUAGGAUACAGGACACUGCGAAGUCCAUGUGGGCUGAGUUUCCGCAGCAUCUUGCGGACUUGGACAAACAUCAUCGUACCGUGGCGCCUGACCAUUGUAUCGGCGUCGUUCCGUGCUAUUUCGUGAUUGAGGGAUCGGACGAGCAUCUCGUCACGGGGUAUACGUUGAAGCACGAUAAUAUGCUGAAAUACAUGCGCCGAAAUCAUUGGGAUAUUCCGGAACGUAGACACGAUAGGUGGCUCGAGUGGUUGCAGGAGAAGGUAGAGUUUGGGCAUGUGUUUUAUCCUGUGAAGGGGUUGGAGAAUAAGGGAGUGCAGGAUUUUGGGGGAUGGUGGAGAUGA